CAUACGACUUUUUUCAUUAGAUUAGUACACUCAGUACUAAUAAAUUUAUAAUUUAUUCGUUUUUGUACAUUCAAAAAACUUGGACGAAUGUUUUGAAUUUGGAUACUGUAUAAUGAGGGAAACAACUUGAAUGCAAGCGUUCAGUAAAUGAGUUCAGUGGCAUGUGGCGAGUGAAGGGUGCCCGCAUUCGUUCACGGUCCGAAAGCGACAACCCCUGUCGACUUUCGCGGAUUUCCGACAUAGAUGAUCGUCGUCAGUCUUUGAGGAAGUUGUCUUUGAAUCUUCCUUACGGAGACUUGUCAUCUAUUCUUUGUUCCCUAUCUCUGAAUGACAGCAAGCACUCUUCGUCCACCUGUUCAAAAGAUGAUUCCCAGCAAUCGUAUCCACGACUGGAGAUUUUCGUGGACUUGGCACUGCGAUCUUUGCAACAAGGGGAACGGGACCUCUUUUGCAAAUUGCUGGAACAAGCUCUUGCUGUGGGAGAUAGAAACUAUGUCGGGGCAUUUUAUGAUCAGGACUUAUGUGUUGGCUUAUUGGCUAGCCACUAUCGUUCGUCCUGCUACGAUAUGGCCAGUACCAGUGAUACAAUAACGCCAGAAAUUAUUGCUCAAAAUGUGGAGAUAUUUCAGAGAAAAUUGAAUCGCUUCAUUGUGAGUGAACCUGGAGCAAAUGGACUAUCGCAACGAUUUCGGAGGUCCAUGAGUGAAACAGAUAGAAACAGCAUUGUUACUACUGCGGAAAGAGCAGUGAUCGCAUUCAAAGGCAGAAAUUAUGAGCAAAGUUUGGCAGACUUAAAGAAAAUUCUGGCUGUUAAUCCCCGAUACUGUGGAGCUGAGCUGCGGAUGGCUAUCGGUCACUGCCACACCAAGUUAAGAUCGCGUAAUAAAGCAUUGCUAGCAUACCAGAGAGCUUUAGACUUGGACAAUGAUUGCUUGGGGGCAUUAGUGGGGAUUGCUUAUUGUUAUUUGAUUGAGGACGACGACGAUAGCUUGGAUAAAGCCUGGCACUUUAUUUCCAAAGCCCAUCAUCUAGAUCCGAGUGAUUCUGUUGUGUCGGAGCUGUUGAAUAAUGGCCAUCAGGAGCCGGACUUUUUCCCUUCUCUAUUGCUCUUUUUACGAAAUAUUGCAGCAGGAAAGCAUGGUGUGGCUGAUAUGUUGUUUUGCACGGCCAAAACCCUGCAGGGUGCGAAGUUACUCGAGAAAGCUGCAAGAUAUUAUUCUUUGGCGUUGGAAUUCGGGGGAACUGAUUACAUUCUUCCACAGUGUGGAUUGGGGCAGAUUUAUUUGGAACAAAAUGAUGUUAAUAAGGCGAUCCGUUGUUUCGAGACCAUAUAUGCCCAGUAUAAACAUCCGUCUGUAAUGAAAAUUUUGGUAGGACUUUACCGGAAGAGUAAAUUGCCAGAGAACGAAAGGAAAGCCCAGGACUGCCUCCAGACUAUCCUUGAUCAAUCCCCCGAUUUUGAUACCCUCAUACAGCUGGCAGAGAUUUACGAGUCAAGAGAUAAUGAACUUUCGCUUCAUUAUUAUAAACAAGCUCUGGACGUUUGCCAAAAUCGUGACAAGGUUCCCAUUAAUAUGUAUGUCAAUCUUUCUGCCUUGUGCACCACCAUGGGAAAUUUUACUGAGAGCGAACAGUAUUUAAUUUUGGCGAAAGAAUUACUUAGUGGUAAUUUUGUGGAAGAGUUGUCGGACUGCAACGCGAUCACUAUGAUUUUGAAGUUUAAUGAAGCUGUCCUGUAUCAGCGGAUGGGAAGAUUGUAUGAUGCUGCCUGCUGUUAUGAAACUGCGUUGAGCUCUCUUUUGUUGGAGUAUGAUUGUUACCUGCAGCUAGGUCGCAUCGCGGUACAGGAAGGCAACCCGGAAGAAGCACGGGAGUGGUUUAACGCCGCUUCGGCCAUCGAACCUGAUAAACUAAGCGCUCAGAUAUUCUGUGCUCAGACUUACCUCACGGAGCAAAAUUUUGUGGAAGCCGGAGCUUUAUUGGAUGAACUUUUCAAAAAUCCACUGUCUAAAACGGAUACAUACUUUCUUUUGGAAUACGGGAAUUAUUACUUGGCGCUAUUGCAGGAAGAAGGAAAUGUCCCUAAAGAUCGGAAAGUGUUCGCUGAGAAAGCCUUUGCUCUCUUUCGCCAAGUUUUGGUUAUCGAUCCAUCAAACGUUUAUGCGGUAAAUGGAUUGGCAUCCGUUCUGAGCAAAACUGGAUUCGCACGGGCAGCUUCGGAAAUGUUGGCCGUUGUCGUCAAAGAUUGCCCCAAUACCGUUGAUUUUCUCAUUAAUAUGGGGCAUUCUUAUUGUGAGCAGAGAGAAUAUUUAAAAGCAGUGGAAUCAUACAGGAAAGCUCGCAUGGCAUCCAUCGACUCCAGUCUGAAUCCGGAUCUGUUGCUACUCACUGCACGGGCUUUUUGUCUAGAUAAAAACUGGACAGAAGCUUCCGGGAUGCUUCAGCUGUUAUGCCACCUGAAUCCCGAAUGCACGCUCGCUCAGUACAAUUUGGCGAUAGUUCAUAAACACUUUGCAGUUGGACUUCUCAAAGAUAAAGCGUCGUCCUUCGCAGAUGUUUGCAAAGCAAUCGACUGGUUAAAGUAUUCCCAAAACAAGCUAAAGCUUUUGCUGGUACAGAACGAUCUCGACAAGCUUGUCAGUGGAUUCCAGAUUAAUAGAGCACUGGAAUCAUGUAAAGAUUACGUUAAUCAAAGUGGAGGACAUCUCACAAAAGCCCUUGAAGUCGAGUUAGAAUGUCGUUCAUCCGAUAUUGUUCACCCGAAAACUAUGUCACUUCCGAAUAUACUGACCACUGAUCCAAUUGGUGAAGAUUCUCCCUGGCAGUUACACGGAGCACUGCAUGAUCUUCCCACAUUUGAUAGUGGGAAAUCGAAAAACAACGAAAUUAACAAGAAGCGGAGCUCCGGAUUUGCGAAGCUGGAUAGCCCAUUUUCAGAGGAAAACGAAGAAAUUUUAAACAUUGCUCCGGAGGCAGAAGUGGAACCACAACGAAAACGCCAUCGAGCUGUGGACGUUCUUACACGACGCCAGCGCAAGGUUGCUGAUCGUAAGCGGAGAGAAUUGGAAAUUGAAAAGUGCACCAUUUCAAGUGACGAAGAAAACGUAGCAGCUCUUCGUCAGAGCCGACGAAAAGCGGGACGUACUGAAGAGUAUGGCAUUUCUUUUCGGCGCGAUCGUAACACUUUUAGACGCCCUCGGUCGCCGGUCCUAUUACAGCGUCCUGUGACUACUGGAGCUGCUCCACCCAGCGCACCAGUGAAGGCAAACUUCGAAAAAUUAACGGUAUCAACGGAAGAAGAGAUUAGCACAUCCAGUAUGGUGAUUAGUAGUAAACAGGUCAGCUCUGAUACACCACCCAGUGAUGACAAUUCACGGCGUCAGAAGAGCGGUAAGGUUCUAAGAAGCCGGGUGGUUGGUAAUCAGAAUCAGAGAGCUUUGACCACCGUUGAUAAGCGACCACUGCCUCCUGAGAGCGACGAUAAACUGAAACGGUUUAUCAGUGAAUGUGAAGAUUCAUCACGUAAAAGGUUAUCGACAGCUUAGUCUUUCAUGUGUACAGUUCGAUUUUAGUUCAAAAUUAACUACUGGGUUGCCAGAACUCGUUACCGGUAACAUUGACUGAUUUAUUGUCUAAACAAUGGUUUUAGUUGUUGAUUGUUAAUAAAUUUUAAAAGAGAACUAAACACAGCCGG